ACUUUCUCGCGCGCGCCGCGCCGCGUCACAGUGCCAGCGGUCCCCGCAGAGCGCAACAGACGCGCCGCCGAAGCUCCGGCCGCCACAGGAGAGGAUCCCCGCCCGUCACCCGGGCUCCGAAAGACCGGAUAAACCGAGCCAGCGAGGAGCCCCCGCGGGUGAGCCGAGGACAGCGACUGGAUCUGCAUCUGCCCCAUCUGUCCGUCAACCGGGCCGAGUGCCCCUCAGGGUCACCUCGAACCGCGACGGGCGCCAAACAAUCAAAGCCUUGACCCGGCGUCCCUCAGGCUACCUGCACAAAGCAAAUACUUGAGGCCGUUAUAUCUCAUUUUCCCCGGGCUGCCGUCACCGAAACAGUGAAGGGUGUCGUUGGGAAAGAGAAGGAGAAAAGAAGAAAAAGCGUGUGUGUGGGGGGGGGUGGGAAGAAGAGGGGGGGGUAACUUUUUUCAAAGUGCACCCUUGCCUGCUAUUUCUGCUGCGCUGUGGGCAGGGAGCGUCCCUCCAAGGCUGACAAGAAAAGGACUUCCCUGUGCCCUGCCCGCCUUUCCACAUGGCUGUGUAAAUACUGGAUAGAGAUAUCAAUUCGCCCCGAGCUCAGCAAACACACUGUGAGCUAAAAAGGUACAGCAGACUUCACCUCGCCUCCCGUCCAAUUCUUCUCACAGCAGAUUUGAGAGCUUCCACCCUUGAAAACCUUCCGCAAACUGCCAACAACUGCUUCGCGGGCGGCGCCAGAGCGCUGUGGGUCUUUUCGAGGGGCUGCGCUUUUGAUGUCGUUGCCAGCUCAAUAAAUCGACAUGAAGCCCCUGACGCCAGUGGGGUCCCCCUCUCCUCUGAGGCUCCUCAACAAGGGUCCGGACUACCUGCGCAGACAGAUGGACGGCGGCGGCCACGGCCGCUCGGUCAGCGCCGUGGAGAGGCUCGAGGCGGACAAGGCCAAGUACGUCAAGAGCCAGCAGGUGAUCAACGCCAAACAGGAGCCGGCGCUGGUGCCGUGCGCCACCCCUCCGCCGCAGCCCCGGCGGGCCGCGUCCAUCCCCGGGAGCCCGGCGCCUGGCCUGGCGCCGCGCCGCCCCUCCAACGCCGCCUCCUCCGCGCUCUCCGGCUCGUUCGCCUCGCGGGACGAGAACGAAAACUACGACUCGAGGAAAGAGAACAGACGGACGUCCGUGGACGUCGAGGCGCGCAACAGGAGCAACGCCAACGGCGCCCUGCCGCCCGUCCCCAGGACUCCGGGCGUCGGCUCUUUGGUGGCUCCGCACAGCGCCCCGGUGCUCAGGAGGAGCACGGGCAAGCGCAUGUUGAGGCCGGACUCGCUCCUCAUCUACCGACAGAAGAAAGAGUGCAAGAGUCCCCACGGCGCCGCGGCGGGAGACAACAGCAACACGGAGGUGAGAGGCUACGGUUUCGUCCGCCGCCUCUUCCAGGGCUCCACGAGGGAGAAGGCGGCCGGAGGUGAGGGCCGAAUCCAGAAGAUGGUGAUCGGGGAGGAGAGAGCGCCGUCGCGGGACGGAGACUCCCGCAUGUCUUGGACCAAUGAGAGAGACGCCACGGACGGGGGGCCGGGGAGCAGGAGGUCGAGCAAAACCGAUGCGGAACGCAGCCCGGGGUCCGUCCCCAGUCCCGGGUUCGGCUGCACGCUGGAGCGGGCCGAGAGCGGAUUCACAGACGGCACCGGCACAGACGGGGUCGCCGACGGCAACCGCUCGCGGUUUCGCCGCGACGACGAAAACGACCCGUGGAAGCGGGCCUCCCCCCCGCCGGCGCCCAGGAGGAGUUUCGGGGAGCUGCGGCGGUCCGAGUCGGACCUGCGUCUGCGCUGCUCGGCGGCGUUGUCGGAGCAGGAGCUUUUCUUCGCCUUCUGCGGCCUGGACGUGGACAUGGUGGAUCGUCUGGGUCGGACGAACUUCCUCUCGGCGGCCAGCUCCCUGGGCACGCUGUCGCUGGCCCUGCGCAGUGUGGACGGGGACGACCGCUCGGAGCCCAGCGAGUUCUCCCAGCACUCGGGGGACGGGCUGUUUCAGGAGGAGCUGGCCGAGCAGCCCCCCACCGGCGUGUCGAUCAUCGAGAGGAACGCCCGCGUCAUCAAGUGGCUGUACGGGUGUAGGAACGCCGCUCGAGAGGGACCCAAAGAGUCGACGGUUUGAUCGUGCGCCGAGAGGCCGAGAGCGUAACGUGGGGAUAUUCCCCCCGAUGAAGACCUCUACUCUUUGUGCAGAACUCUUCUGUUGAAGUUCACUGUGGACAAAAUGCUAAAGAAUUGAAUCUUUUAUUGAAUAUUCCUUGAAUUUCCAAGCCACCAGCUGUGAUUCCCACAAUGCAUUGCAAAUGAGUUGUUUCCUCCCCCCCGCCCAUCAAUGCAGGUCAACGCAGCGGCACAUGAUAACUCUUUAUAUCUUAUCUCUGCACGUAGGGUUGUCGCUCCACGACACAUGACUUCAUCUUAGCGCCCAAACUCCAAAGAGGCCGUGACUUCGAUUGGCAGGACAACAGCUUCUAUUCAGCUAUAGCUCAUGUUGUAUUUAUAGAUGUAUUGUACAGUUAUAUAGACCGACCCCACUGAUGGAACCAAUCGCCCCAAUGUUUUAUUGUGUGUGUGUGUGUGUGUGUGUGUGGAGUAGACGUUGUUGUCCUCUCAAUUUGUUGCUUAUGAAACCUACAAGGCACAUAGGUGUCGUAACGCUCGUCAUGACACGGUGGACACAGUUAGUGGACCAACACUUGACUAAAUUAAAAUGGAAAACCACUAAGCUACGUUUGUUUUUUUCUGAACUGGAAAGCUGUCGUGUGAGUGUGGAGUGAACCAUGAGCACCUCAUUCGGAUCUGUCCCAGUUUUGUGUUGCCUUUUUUUUUCCUUUUUUUACUCCUUUAACGCAGGCGUUGGAAUAAACAUUAGGCGCCCCUGUGGGGCUGUUAAUGCACUGAACUGGACAGAGGGAGAGGGGGGAGAGAGCGAUAGACACGGAGGCCCGGACUCUUCACGGGGGAUUCAUCUCGCACAACGUUAAAACACUGAGAUGGAUCGAAGACGAGCGGCCGCGCCCGGCCCGGCCAUUUUCAUCGAUUCUCACAGAGAGGAUUUCCAAUAAUAACCUGUGACACAAGCAUCGAUUUCCCACGGCAACUGCUUCACGCGUGUUCAGUGCCCCUUGCUGUCCCCACGGAAAGAACGAGCAAAGGGGCAACUUAAAAGUCACCAAACAAGCUUUAAAAAUGACACAUUUACCUCCGAAGGCGAAAGAGCUAAAGUCGAUAAACCGUCUUCCAGGCAGUGAACCAUCCCAGCUGACGCAGCCGCUUGUCCGACGGAGACGAGCAUUCUUUCCCUGAUGACCACAGAUCCUACCUCACUUCAUGCUUCAGCGAUUCUCACUUUAUCCCCACGAAAGGAUGCCAGGGAAAUACGAGCAGGGGUCUGCCGAGGUAUGCAGAGAUUAGACUGAGAGGUAUUCUGGGGGGGACAAUUCAUGUGUAUGUACGUGUGAUUAACUACCACAGUUAAAACACUUGCAGCUUUAAUGUGAUUUAUGUUCUGUAUUCGUCAUCAGCACGGCGCACUCCUGAGAUCCCUUCAAGCUGGGUUUUUCUUUUUUUGUGUUAUCUUUUAUUAUUUAAAAUCAUUUGGUUGCAUGUUUACAAAGUGUCUCUGUGAAAUCUCUUUUUCUAUUUGAUAUAUAAAUGAGAGAUUUAGUUUUAGUAUUCCAAAGAGUUUUGUGUAUAGUGUACACAGCAAAUUUAAAAAAAAAGGAUGAAAUAAAAGUCUGCAGGUAAUUC